AUGAGCAGCCAGGUCUUUUGGAGAGUCGGAGCCAUCUUCGGCGCCACCGCCGUCGGUCUCGGAGCCUUCGGGGCCCAUGGCCUGAAGAACCGCAUCUCUGAUCCCGCCAAGAUUGCAAGCUGGACGACUGCCGCUCACUAUCAGCUCGUCCAUUCCGUUGCUCUGCUUAUCGCCCGCUCGAACCCUGUCGCCUCCGGCCUCUUCACCAUCGGCAUGACCAUGUUUAGCGGCAGCAUCUACGCCCUCAUCCUCAACCCUGAUCUCAAGUUCCUCGGUCCCGUCACUCCAAUUGGAGGUCUCUCCCUCAUAGCCGGUUGGCUCGCCCUAGCCUUCACCAAGGGACGCGUGGGAUUCCGCAUCUGA